AUGUCAAACAUGUUUAUCCAUAAUUAAUCAAUAGUGUAUCAAUAAUUAAACAAUGAGCAGGCAUUGUACACUAAAUAUUCAUCAAAAAAGUCCAAAAAUUUUGAAGACUUUUUUGCUAAAACACCAGCCAAGUGGGUAAUUGAUUUUAAAGAUCAUUUGCAUUUACAAGAUGAUGAUGAAUAUCUGAAAAGAUUCUAUCCAAGAGGUCAACAACCCUAAAAAUUAUAAUCCUUACUGGAUUACUAUAGAUAUCAUUAUAACCUGCCUCGAAUCUUCUUUGGAGUCUUAGCCGAAAUAGCUAUCUCAUUCUUCGAGAAGAAAAAAAGAUUCGAAUAUAGAAGAAUUAAGAAAAUGCUUGGAAUUCCUUAUGAGGAAUCUAGUUAAAAAUAUGAAAAGUUGAAUUAGGACAUUUAAGUUUUAAAUAGUAUAACAAAGUUUACUGAGCAGUCCACUAAGUCUAUUUUAAAUGAGUUUUUCAAAAUUUAAAACAAUGAUGUUUAGAUUAAUAUUGAUGAAACGUGGUUGACAAUGCAGUAAUAUGAAUUAAGGGUUCCCUAAAUAAAUAAGAAUUAUGCUCCAUAAAAUCUUAAAUUACUCAAAAAACUUGUUUAAAAUCAUUCUAGGGAAAAGAUUAAGUUAAAUUUACCCUUUCACCUAUUAAAAGGAAAAACUGUAUCAAAUAUUCGAAAUUCUUAAAAUUAAUCUCCAGAAAGAAUUAACCCAACUCAAAAGUCCUCCUCUCAACAACACAUUAACAAUAGUCAAGAAGAAUGCGAAUUUAAAUCGAUAAUGAAAUAGAAAAUCUUAACAUUAUCUCAAUAAAAUAAAGUUAAAAUUCAAAAUAUUUUCAAAAAUAAAAAUGAAAUAGAUUAAAACUACUAUAUUAAUGCUCAAGGAAAACGAAGCAACACUCAUUUUAUUACUAGCACUAGAAGUAUUUCAUCUGAAUAAUUAAAUACUGAAUAGAUACGUCUAGGUUAAAUUAACUUAAAUGGAUAAGAUCGAUAAAGUUAAGAUAAAUUAAUUAAUUAUGUAAAACACAUUCCAAUACAUCCAUCAAGUUAAUUCACUUUUCAAAAUGAAGGCUCUCCUUCAAAAAAGAAUUAAUAGCUGAUUCAAGUUUAUUCAAAUAAUAUAAGUAACAAAGUAAAAACAUAACCAAAAAAGUCUCCUUAGAAAUAAAGAGUUUUUCACCAUACUAAUUCAUAAUCCACCAAAUCAGAUAUUACUAAAGUUCUGUUAUAAAAUUUUGAGAAGAUAUAUCCGUGCCAAUAAUAGAAAAUCAAAUUGGAUGAUCAUUACAAUAAUAAUAAGAGAAAAUAAUAUCAAAAUAAUUCGGAAUUGUAUAGGCUAUAAACAGAAAAUAAAUAAUUAAUAGCUACUGUUAAAAAUAGAGUUAAAUCAAUUAUUAAAAAAAAAUGA